GUCUGAUGAUGUUCGAGCUUCCUGUUCACUGCUGUGGAGGAAACGGCGGCAGGAAGAGAUGACGACACGCUGGACCUGAACCGCAUUUUCCAGCAGCAGAGUCGAGAUUCAUCUGGAACUUCUGGAUCUCUGGACACGUUUUGUUGAAGCUCUUUUUAUAAGGCAAACUUUUCUUACACACCAGCUCCAAGAAGACCUGCUGAGAGGGACAGCAGCUCCUUGUCAGGUUCCCUUAUAGCUCCCCAAAGCUCGGAGCACAUAGAUCUGCUGAAAUAGGAUCUGGAGAACUCAAACCUCUGUAGAUUUCUAAAGUUACGCAGACUCAUGAGAGUAUGAAUGGAAAUUGAAUUUGGAAGCUAACUACCAACCUCAUGAGGCAAGACAAAUACAGGAGUUUGACCCCUGGUUGGAUAAUCAAUUGAGUUUGAAAGUAUUGAUGGAAAGUUUCAAUUUACGAGUUAUGUGAUGUGACUGACCAUAGAAGAAUAUAGAGUCUGAUGAGGAAUUUUGACGUUUUGGAUCCUGGAUUUCAGUUUUCCUGUGCUGAUCAGAUAUGGAUCCAGAUUCUGUUACUGGGUUGAAUAUUUCUCUCCUCAAAUCUGUUCACAAACAUAUUUUACUGUUUAUCUGGAAUACCAGAUUGUGAGUGAGCAGCUCAAGCCGCAGUACCUUACCUCAACCAUCGAGGGUUCAAAACUCCACAAACCAAUGGCUGACGUCACAAUAGGUUCACAGUCCGUUAGCGACCACUGCUCUGAAAGAAAUAAAGAUCUCAUUUCAAACAAUCUGAGGCUUUAACUAUUGCAUGAGCAUCAUCUAGUGGUUUUCUAUAGUCAUCUCAUCUGUUUCAUCACCUGCUUAAAGACUAGGGAUGGUUCCUCCACGACCUCCUGCUAACAAGUGCCAUAUCUGUCUGACCGCAGUCCUCAUCAUGACCAGCCUGGUGCUGAUGGACGCCUACCUGGUGGAGCAGAAUCCUGGUCCCAGGAGGGUUGGUGUGUGUGUCACAGUGCUGGCCGGGGACGCGUGUUUCCUCAUCGUGCUGCGAUAUGUCGCCAUCUGGGCUGGGUCGGAGGUGCACACAGCCAGACGAGGCUAUGCCAUGAUCCUCUGGUUCUUCUACAUCUUCAUCCUGGAAAUCAAGGUCUAUUUUGUGUAUCAGAACUACAAGUCUCAGGAUGUAGAUGCAGAGACAGACGUAGGCGUGUCCAGGAGAGCUCUCACACUGCUGCUGUCUGUCUGCAUGCCCAUUGUGUUCAUAACUCUGGCAGCCAUAGAUCAUUUGGAGUACUUACGGCCGUACAAAAAAAGAGAGGAGAUACGAAGUCGUCUCUUCUGGGUGGUGGUGGACCUGCUGGAUGUUGUGGACGUUCAGGCCAACUUGUGGGAGCUUCAGAGGGAAGGGCUCCCCCUGUGGGUGGAGGGACUGAUGUUCUUCUACUGCUACAUCCUCCUCCUGGUACUGCCCUGCGUCUCCCUGAGUGAGAUCAGCAUGCAGGGGGUGAACAUUGUCCCACACAAAAUGAUGCUCUACCCAAUCCUCAGUCUCGCCACUAUCAACGUCAUCACCCUUCUGAUCCGCAGCGGAAACCUGCUGAUUUACGGGGACACCCAAGUGUCUGGGAUCAUGAUGGGCAAGAACGUGAUCGCUAUAGUCGUAAAGUGCUGCAGUCUGGCGCAGUACAGGAAACAUCAGCAAGCUUCUCCUCCUGCAGAUCGAGGAGCUGAGAUGCAAAAGAGCUCUCUGGUGGAUGUUCAGAUCAACAACGUCCAGCCGUUGGUGCUGCCCAGAGUCGUGAUCGAGGACUUCACCACCAUACUGGAGGAAGAGGAGCAGAGUAAGGACGAACCAGAGCAUACGUGAGCAAAGUCAAUAAUAACUCACGACCCACACAUCGCUGAGUGAAGUUGGAAGUUAUUUAUUCUGUGUGUUGAACAACCAGACUGUAUGAUGUUACAGUGUGUUGGAAUAAAUUAACUAAAUGUUCAGUCUCCUUGUUGGUUGUUCUGAUUCACAAUCAUUACUGCUGUUUAACAGAUUAUAAUCAAUACAGUUAUAUCAGAAACGUUCAACAACUAGUCCAAUGGUCCAUUUUUAUCUGGGGCAGCCCUC